AUGUCUGAAGACAACGUCCUGCAACUGUCAACACAGAACGGGUCACGACGCUCUGUUAGAGAAAAUAACUUUCCCAAUCCUAGAAAUACGGGAAUGAGUGGUCACUCUGGCUCGCCUAAUCUGCCUCCUCAUUCGGCCUCUCUGGAUCAUCUUGAUCUCAGAUCAACUCCUCAAUUGGACGUGCCGUUGGCCCCUGAGUCGGGCGCUAAGAGCACUUAUAAGGAGCUGCUUCGGUAUUUUCCCAAUUCGGGCUUUUUGGGGGAGAGUAGUACUGUUGGCGUUUCAGUGCCAAACACAUUUAAGCAUAAGAAGCAUCCUAACGCCAAAACAAAAGAUCGUAUAGGCAUGGCUCCCGUGGACGAGUCCAAUGAUUCCGUUAAAGAUUCAGCUAAUUCACAACCGGUGAAAACAAGCACCUUGAAGGGUCUUGUUCAACAGGGAACUCAGGAAUCUUCAAAGCAUAACGAAACGCCGUCAUGGAUGCCCCAGGUGCUCAGAGAAGAGUGGCUGAAGGGUAACGCUACUGAAUUCGAGGACAACGCUCAACCAACUAAUGUACCUAAUCUUGACUUCUUGGGCGCUCCUGAAGCUAAUACUUUCAUUCAUAACCCUCAGAAUUCUCAGGAACAACCCGUCACACCAAUGUGGAAACGCAUGUCGAAAGAUUACAUGCUGAACACACGGGCCGAGCCUCUCCAAAGCAUAUUUCAGUCGAACGACGAGUCCAAGCAUUCUUCCAACUUGCAUCCCUCCCAAUCAAAGUCGAUGUCACAGCUCAACGUGAAGAACCAGAAUACUUCAAGAAACGGCAACUCGGCGGGCUUCUCAUACUCGUCCGCCUUCUCCACUCCUGUCGCCACUAAAGAUGGCGAUAUUCACUUGACACAGCAACAAAUGAAUCAACUUGAAGAUAUUCUUGAGAAAGCAAAAGACAAGCCCGAUGAUUAUGAGAUAAAAGGUUCUCCACUAAAAUUAUUUGGCAGCGACUACGACACUUUCACGAAGGUAUUUCUUUCUAAGUUUGUGGACAAGGUGCGUUCCACCACGAAUAGUGCCCAAAGGACCACGCGUAGUGUUUCCAUUCUGCAAGCACCUGUUCCCAAGCUAGAGAUUCAAAAGUUCACCAAGGCUGGCGAUUACACAGACCAGGAUUUCAUGAAGAAUGCCAAUAAUGUUUUCGCUCACAUCCAACAAAGAGGUUAUAAGCCAAAUCAUUUUUCAAAGGGCUCGGACCAUAGCAUUAGCUUUCAGCGGUCCAUUGAACAUAAUACUGUGACAUCUACGCCAAAGGCUGAUAAAGUGAAUGACAUCGACGUAAUCGCUCCACUUGAUGAAUAUUCCUCGUUUUCCACAAACUUUGGAGAUAGUUCGAAUGACUCACAAUUGCAUCACGAUCCUAAAGAUUCCACUAAUCAUCAGAAUGACUACACGUCGUUUGAUAGAUCGCUCACUUCAAAAAGCAACCCGACUCAUACCGAAAGCGGAGCUGAUCAGCCUGCUGAUAACGUCAGUGUUUAUACCUUUGAUGAUGCAAGUGAAAGCGAAUCAAACGGGCCACCUUCAAUACCCGAAGAACCCACCUUGGAAUAUGAUGAGCCCCUCGAGAACACUAAGAUUAGGUCUCACCAAGGCUCCGAUAAACUAGAUGUUCCUAUCCCACCAAAUCAAUUCAGUAGUUCAAUGUCUUCGGUUAAAAGACACCUGAAGGACACGGACAACCGUAUCAACUCCAUGGAGAGAGAUUUUGAUUUUGAUGAUGAAAGGAUUGUUCCUCCAAUCGUUUGGAAGAGACCCUCUCGCUUGAAGCUUUCCAAGGAGCAGCAACGAGUGAUGCUGAACAGCAAUCUCGGCAACCAGAUAACAAAAGGUACGGUCAAGCCUGGUAAGUUCCCUGAACAGUAUGGAGAUAUGAUAUACGAUAAUCGAAACAACAGAUGGGUCUCUAAUGACAAAGAGAACGAUUAUCCAGGAAGUCUCGAUUCAAUUCUUGAUUUGCCCACCGAGUCUCCGCUUACACAGCAUGAAGUUGAAAAAGAUACAAAAGAGACAAGUAUUCUCAAACUGUCUAGAAAGCCGUCUGCGAAAGACAGGAACUUGGAAGUUUCAUUUCAAAUUCCUGAUAGGUCUGUUGAAAGUGUUCGUGAAGACCAUGCUGAUCCCAAUGUCACUAAACUUUCCGACAUGGGUGAAGUCACAUUCUCGCAAACACACAAACGUCUUGUGUCUUUGGUCACUGGUCUUGCUGAUUCUCAUUUAUGGAACGAGAUUGCUUUCAUUGACUUGUCCGGUAACCAGCUUGAAAAUGUGGAAGGCUUGCAAAACUACCUUCCAAAUGCCAAGAGACUUGAUUUGGCCAACAACUACAUCAGAUACCUCAAGGGUCUUCCACUGGACUGCCUUGAACUAAAUGUCUCGCAGAACUCCCUUGACGGCAUGGCCUCUUUUGCCGAGUUUCACGAUUUACAAGUGCUUGAUAUCCUGGCAAACUCGUUCGAGAAUCUAGAGACCCUUCAAGGAAACAUCCAUAUGACGAGACUCGAUGCAAGCAAUAAUAUGAUCAGGUCGAUGGAAGGAGUAAAGAAGUUGAGCGGGCUCACUUAUUUGGACCUUUCGCAGAACGGCCUUGGUGGAGAGAUUGACUUUUCGCAAUACGAACUUCCGAACCUUCAAGAAUUGAAUUUGUCAGAGAACAAGAUCCGUUCAGUCAUUGGUAUCGAGAACCUACCCAAUUUGAGGAUCCUCAACUUGAAUGAAAACAACUUGACGAACUUGUCGUGUCAGGGAUCCCAUCCUCAUCUUAAGAAGCUUUUAUUGAAGUUUAACCGUUUAAGGUCGCUCAACUUGGAUCUGUACCCGCUUUUGAGAACCUUGAGAAUCGAUGGAAACGCACUCUCAAGUAUUUCGAAUCUUCGGAAGCUCAAAUUUUUGCAAGAAGUUUCAGCCAAAUGUCAGGAUAAAGCCGAGGUCGCCAUGAAUAUUUUCCACGGGUCCCUUGAUGCAGUUACCAUUGAUCUUUCUGGAAAUACCUUCGUUUCCAAUAUGUUCCAAGCUGCAAACUCAGGUUCGAUAACGUUGGAUCCCUUCAUGAAUCUCAAUCGGUUAAAUCUAUCCGCUGUUGGUUUGACAAGUAUCCCAGAUAGCUUUGGUGAAAUCUAUGCAAAUGUCAGAGAGCUCAAUUUGAAUUUCAAUAAGCUCACUGACAUCAGUGGUCUUGGUAAAUUGAGACGCCUCAAAAGCCUCAAUCUCUUGAGCAAUAACAUCGAAAGAAUCGAGAUGGUCCUUACCAGCUUGAACAGCUCCCGCAGAACUUUGAAAGUCCUCGAUAUGAGAUUGAACUCCAUGAACUUCGAGUUAUACCCUUAUGUCUUCAAUCCCUUGGAACGCGAAGCUACGAUUGAAGCAGGUUUGCAGCUCAAAACAGGGCCAAUUCAACUUGAAGCAUUGGAUGAUAUAGAGAACUUCUCCAUCCACUACAAUUCAUUGAUUAAGAGCAAAGAGGAAUGGCAAUUGCGAGACGAGGAUUUCUUGAGAAACUUGCAAGCCAGAAACGGCAGUAACAGGGUUUCUGAGAGAAUGAACUACGAGGCAAUUCUCAUCAACUUCUUUACUCACAUGAGAGAGCUCGACGGAACGAACCACUUUGUUGACUGCAGAAUCAUAAAGGAGCGGCUCCCACAUGUCCAAGAGGGCUCAGAGCCUGAGGAUUUCGAAAAGGUCUUUGAUUGGGUCAUGACAGGUACGGAGGUGCCAAUUGAGGGUACUCAUAAGAUCCACUUCAAACAUGAUAUCAAUCUGAAGGAAGUUGUGGAGUCUGUGAAAAGCGGUAAGCCAAUUGAAGAGUGUAAGGAUGAGGAAGAUAUUGGAGAGUUCGGACCUGUUGAAGGUAGUGAGGACCGCCAGGAAACGGGAAUUCUGACCCAUCCAGUCACUGGUAAGCUCAACCCGUAUGUUGAAAUAUGGAGGUCAUUGGACCCUGACGAGUACACUCCAGACCAGGAGGUCAGAGAGAAGGAUAAGCUGGUGAGAAGUGUUGUUUGGGAAGUUGCUCUGCCCGAUCAUAAAGGCAAAUUGGUCAGGCUUGGAAAUUGGGUUCAAGGCGUGAUUUAUUCCUAUAAGGAACCAGUCCACAGAUUAAGCAUCUUGCGCAGUUUCUAUAACAACCAAACGCAGAAAUGGGAACCACAAAUCAAGUAUGGCCUUUUGGAAUUCCCUAAAACAUUUGACCAGCAGGUUGGAGAAGAACUUAUCGCUCAAGGAGUCAAGUGGCAGUGUGUGGAGAUGAACUUGUUCACUCAGGUGUUUUUCACCAUCAUGUACUCCGACUUGGAGAGUGACUACAUCAACCCAAUUGAGUUGUGUAACAAGUUGAACCCUUGGUUCAUCCCAGAGGCUUCUGUUCACAUCUUCUUGAGUGCUCUUUUCUUGGUCAAUGGCUUCUGGUUUGUGUUCUUGUUGAACUUGCCAUUGCUCGCAUACAACGUCAACAAGUUCCUUAGCAAGAACCACUUGCUUGACGCUACCGAAAUCUUCAGAACUUUAUCCAGGCACAAGAAGGAGUCGUUCCUUAAGUUAGCUUUCCAUUUGGUCAUGUUCUUCUUCUACUUGUACAGAAUGAUUAUGGCUUUGGUGUCUGACGAGUAA